UGCUUGGCAUACAGUAAACACUUAGCAAAUACCAUCAUUAUUAGACAGGCAGCAGUGUCCUAAAGCCCCCCAGUAGUCCUCAAAGUGCCUAAUGAAUGACCACGCCACGCCCACCGAGAGACUAAAAUCCGCUGGGGCCAAUGGCCGGUAGAGUGCUGAGCCAGCAGGCCGGGAGGGACAGUAAGGUCAAUAUUGGCUUCUGGCCGAGCCUCCGGCCAAGUCGAGUCUCAGGCCAGGCCGAGCCUCCGGCCCGGCCGAACCGCCACAGAGAGACAAGGUGCAUUCGCAGCUCCGGCCCGGCCUGCAGGAUGCCGCCGGGUUGCCAGUGGGUUUAUUUCUUGGGCCUCUUCGCCACCGUGGCCAGUGACUGUGUGACGCGACUCCAAGAAGACAUCUUCUUCAAGGGCGGGGACUUGGCUGCCUUCUUCGCGCCCAGCGCCGAUCACUGCCGCCUUCUCUGCACCUUCCACCCGCGCUGCCUCCUCUUCAGCUUCCUCCCCGCGCACACCUUGCAGGAUGAAAGCCGCUGGUUCCGCUGCUACUUGAAGGACAGCGUCACAGAAACCCUGCCCCGCGUGACUGUGGCCGGGGCCGUCUCGGGACAUUCCUUCAAGCACUGCGGCCAUCUCAUCAGCCUGUGCAGCCGCGAGGUCCACCCCGGGCUGGACAUGCGGGGGACCAACCACAACCGCAGCUGGGCCCGGAGUGAGGACGAAUGCCAGCGGAGGUGCACGGACGACGCCCGAUGCCAGUUCUUCACCUUCGCCACGCAACGCUUCCACAGCGCUGCCAACCGGAAUGCCUGUCUGCUGAAACACAGCUCAACGGGUACUCCGACCACAAUCAAGAUGAUGGAUGGGGUGGUGUCUGGAUUCUCUCUAAAGGCUUGUGCCCUCUCCCAUUUGGGUUGUACCCGAGACAUUUUCCAGGACAUGGCCUUUUCCGAUGAUGAUGUGGCCAAGAUGGUGACCCCAGAUGCCUUUGUCUGCCAAACUGCUUGCACUUACCAUCCUAGCUGCCUCUUUUUCACCUUCCACACCAAUGCGUGGACUCCAGAGGCCCAGAGGAACAUUUGUCUCCUUAAGACGUCGCAAAGCGGGUCACCCAGCUCUUCCCUGCCGACGCCGCAUGCUGUGUCAGGUUACAGCCUCCUAGCCUGCCAGGGCCCUCUGCCUGAGACUUGCCACAGGAAAGUGUACCCUGGCAUGGCUUUUGAGGGGGAUAAGCUGAGGCAGGUCCUGGUUAGUGGGGUCGACGCCUGCCAGAAGAACUGCACGGACACCCUCCGCUGUCAGUUCUUCACCUACGCCUCCCUGCCCACCGAAUGCCAGGGCGACAGGUGUGAGUGCUCCCUGAUGAUGUCGUCAGACGGCGCACCCUCGAAGGUUGUCCCCGGGGUCGGACGGGCCUCUGGCUACUCCUUGAGGUUGUGCAGGACUGGGGUCGGCCCAGUGUGUUCCACGAAGACCAACGUCAGGGUUGUAGGCGGGACCAAGUCUGCUCCAGGCGAGUGGCCGUGGCAGGUCAGCCUACACGUCAAGAAGUCGACCCAGCAUCUCCUGUGCGGAGGCUCCAUUAUUGGGCCUCGGUGGAUCCUGACAGCAGCCCACUGCUUCGAUGGACUCAACCUCCCUGCACUCUGGCGUGUCUAUGGGGGCAUCUUGAACCAGUCAACCAUAGACGAGAACACCCCUUUCUCCAGAGUCCAAGAGAUCAUCAUCCACUCCCAAUACAAGGUCCUGAAUAGCGGCCACGACAUUGCCCUCAUGAAGCUUGAGUCUCCCCUGAAUUUCACAGAUCUCCAGCGGCCCAUCUGCCUGCCAACCCCGGAAGACACCGGUGUCACCCUGGCUAACUGCUGGGUCACGGGCUGGGGCUACUCAAGAGAGAAUGCCCCAGCUCCUCCUUCAACCCCCGCGCUGUGUCUCCCCAGGGGAGGUUCAGGCCAUCCUCCAGAAGGCCAAGAUUCCUGUGAUCAGCAACCUGGAGUGCCAGGAGCGCUAUCCGCAGCACAAAGUCACCAGCGGGAUGGUCUGCGCUGGCUACAAGGACGGCGGGAAAGACGCCUGCAAGGGAGACUCGGGGGGGCCCCUGGCGUGCAAGCACCACGGCGUCUGGCACCUGACUGGGGUCACCAGCUGGGGCGAAGGCUGUGCUCGCAAGGACCACCCCGGGGUGUACACCAGAGUGGCCGAAUACGUGGCCUGGAUCCAAGAGAACACGCAGACAAGGGACGAACCGGCUUCGCCCGAGCUGCCCACAUGAUGGUCUCGGCGGGUGGGCUCAGGUGGAAGCUGUCAUCUCUUCCCAGUUGAGCAGAGCUUAGGCUGCUGGUGGGGGUGGGAGUGGGGGCGGUAAGGGAGGGGGGUUAGUGCGAGGCUAUGGGUCAGUCUGGAAACUCAACCAAUCAAUCAUUCAUUAGAUGCUCUCAGCCUCUGAGAGGCUGCGUGGCCCUGGGAAUGUCAUUUAAUAAUGAUGGUAUUUGUUAA